CACCCCAGUCUUUAUUUUUUGGCACACCAUCAAAAUCCGAAAAAAAUUUCAACAAAAUUUUACAAAAUUACCCGAAGAUUUCAAAAUUCACUUUUAACAUAAAAAUAACAAAAACAAAUAAUAUUUUCCAUUUGGUGUAGAUAUUGUAGUGUUGUCCAUCUAGUUUUUAAGGCUUUUAAGAUAAAAUGGACAAAGCGGAGAAACCCUCACGACUUGCAGAUAACUUCCUGUACAUGUUGGAGUUUGUGGUGGACGAUCUCUUGAUUACGCGGCCGAAUCUCUGUGCCCCGGAGGAGUAUCCCACCUGCACGGAGAUCACCUUCCGGUCGAUUUUCCUAAACAUCCGCGAUCGGGAGGAUGGCAAAUGUGUCACCCCCUGUUCCCCAAAGUGCGGAAAGUGCACCCUGUUCACGCUGGAUUCGCCGAUUACGGACGAAGAUGUGAUGCACAUUCACGUCUAUAAAAAGCGCACCGAGAGCUGCAAGUUCCUGCUCGGACUGGCGGAGCUGCCGAUGAAGCCGAUCUUCGACAGGGUGAAGAGGGAGUUCGACCUUCAGAACAUAAACUGGGAGGACAAUGUGAUGACGCACGUUUCGCGAUUGCCCAGGAUCAGGGGUCCCUGCAAGAAGACCAACGACUGUGUCACCUGCUACGAGAAGCACCGGGAGCGCCGCGAGCAAUGGUGUCCCACAUCGGAGCUGACCAAGCGGAUGCUGCCCCUCUUCAACCUCUGCAAGAUGCAGACCGGCAACAUAGUCCUGAUCCUGAGACUCGUGUGCAACGGUCCCUCCGUGGUCUCCUCCUUCCCCGUCCAGAGUCCCAAGUGCAAGAACCCCUGCUGCCCUGGCUGUUGUCCUUCCCCUGCAGUAUGGCCUGCUCCGUGUCCCUCGCCAUUCGAUCCCUGCGAUCCUUGCAAGUCCAUCAAGACCAGGAAAGCGUAGACAGGAGCAUCAGCAAGGAUUUUACAUUCCGUUUUCAUCCAGUAAUCUUGAGAUAUAUUUAAUAUUCGUCAAGGAACCCGCUGAUUAACUAUGAUAUGUGACCAAGUACCAAUCACAUUACAUUUUAUAGAAAUAAAUAAAUACUUUGUAAUUUUCUACAUCAA